CGACGGCUCUGCCGUGGCGUGCGGCACUCGGUCGCGGACCUCACCUAUGCGCAGGUUGCUGCUGGAUUUACCCACGCCGUUCUGCUCAGGAGCGACGGCUCCGCCGUGGCACGCGGCGACAAUGCGACGCGUCAGUGCGACCUCCCUGCGCUGCAUGCAGACCUCACCUACGCGCAGGUUGCCGCUGGAUCAUGCCACAGCGUUUUGCUCAGGAGCGACGGUUCCGCCGUGACCUGUGGCCUGAAUGAUACUUGUCAGUGCGACCUCCCAGGGUUGCCCGGGGACGUUACGAGCGACGGCUUCGCCGUGGCCUGUGGCAACAAUGAUUUCGGUCAGUGCGAUUUGCCCGUGCUGGUCUCGGGCCUCACUUGCAUGCGGGUUGCCGCCGGAUCCUACCACGCCAUCCUGCUCAGGGGCGACGGCGCCGCCGUGGCAUGCGGCCGCAAUGAAGACGGCCUAUGCGACCCCCCGGCGUUGAUCGCGGACCUCCUCUACACACAGAUUGCCGCUGGACAGCACUAUUACGCUCCAGUGUGCAGCUGGCACGGUGGCGGAUGCCGCGCCGUCCUCAUCAGGAGCGACGGCUCCGCCGUUGCGCGCGGCAGUAGUGAAGAUUGUCAAUGCGACCUUCCCGCGCUGAAUGCGGGCCUGACCUACUCGCAAGCUUUCGCUGGUUUCUUCCACGCCGUGCUGCUCAGGAGCGACGGCAUUGCCGCGACAUGUGGCCCGAAUGACAUCGGCCAGUGCGAUCUCCCAGCGUUGAUCGGCGGCCUGACUUAUACGCAGGUUGCCAUAGGGAUGUGCCACGCUGUCCUGCUCAGGAGCGACGGCGCAGCUGUGUCCUGUGGCAAGAAUAGUUUCGGUCAGUGCGACUGCUCUGCGUUGGUCGAGGGCUUCGUUUAUACAUUGGCCUUCGGCUCAUCUCGCCAUUAUUGUCGACGAGUGGGUGAGUGGUAUCUUUGCACGAG